GAGGACUUCUGUGGCCAUCCCAAGGCUAUGUGCUGACCCACUAUGCGCCGCAGCAUUUGCUGAACUGGUACAUGUCUAUGUUCUCGCUCUCUUUUUUUGCGAGUGCCUUUCUUGGCCCUGCUGUGGUGGCACCGGUGAUCGACUUCGCUGGGCCGCAUAGCAUCGCAGUUCCCCUGACGCUGCUUACCCUGGCCAUUUUAGGCGUUCUACUGCUGUGUUGCCUUCCCGCGAGUGACCAAGCCCAUACCAGCGUGUCAGCUGCAUCAUCGCUAUCUCUAAAGCUUUUGUCUGAAGCUCCAGCUCGACGUUUGGGCGUCUUAUCCUUUGCUGAAGGUUGGUGUUUAAAUGCAUACGUGCCUGCCGUGCUGCCCAUCAUGGCGAGCAGAUGGACUUCCACAUCCUCUUCGGAGCAUGAGCACUUUCAGCUUACGUUGCUUCUCAAUGGAUUGGGCCACAUUUUUGCAAGUCUUGUCUAUGCUCCGAUGGCUGAUCGCUUCGGAAGGCGUUGGAUGCUGGUCUUCCAGGCUGCCAUGGCUGUGGUCGCCUUGAUGCUGGCCGAGCUGGACUUAAGCCUCGAUAAAGCUGUGCUGGACCUCUCUGCCGCUUUCUUCCUGGGAUUCAGUACCAUCUUGGCACGCACCAAUAACAAUGCCAUUUGCGGGAACCUGUACAGGGAACGGGCCGGUUGUGCCUUUGCUUUAUUGGCAACCCUUCGCGGACUUGGAUCCAUUGCUGGCGUGCUGGUGAUGCCAUCCAUCUCAGGUAGCUGGUCUCGCGAGCUUGUUGCAGCGUCUUUGGGUUGUCUCUGUGCAGCGUCACUUUGUGCUGCUGUGCAUAUGCCACUGUUUGUCACAUCUGAAGCGGCAGGCAACCUCGAGGAUCUCGAGCCUUGUGCAGAGGCAUAAAACGGCAAAGAAGGCAAAAAGUCAGCAACAAGCCAUCACAAGGCAUCACAAGGCCAUGCCACUUUCGAUCCUUUCUCGGUUAAUUUCCCUUGUCUGAGACACCAAUCAGAUCAGUCUGUCUUAUAUCAGUCUUUUGUUUUUGACCUUUGCUGCCCCAGCAGGGGGCACGAUUGUUUGAAGAUGUUGGACAGCUUCUCUAAGAAGCUGUUGGAUUUGUUGAUCCAAAAAACGCGUUUUAGACUAUGUACAGCUUGAGUUUGAAGCAGUUUAGUACGUCCUCUUUAUGUACAGAGGCUUAUUGCCCUUCACGCGGACUUCAUGUAUAUACUGCGUCCUAGGGAAUGAGCAGUCGCUCUCUUUCCUUUUGAGAGUUGCAUCUGAUUGCAUCCGAUUCCAUCCUGACUGUACAGUGUCCAGGAUCUUCUCAACUCAGCUUUUGAAGGCAGCCUUUUCCAUUUCGUUUAAGCAUUACGUCUCUG